AGUCUUCUUUUCUCUUUUCGUAUCGGAAGAGUGCAGCGAAACGCAGUGCUCGCGCGUCCUCCUCUCGCGUCUCUCUUUGUCUCGCGCUUCCUCCUCUCGCGUCUCUCUUUGUCUCGCGCUUCCUCGCCUCGCGUUUCCUCUUUUCGCGUCUCUCUUUGUCUCCUUUCUUCGUCUUCUGCCUCUGUCUUUGUCCCUCUCUCGAUUUUCUCUCUUGCCUUUUUUCCGCCAGAGGGAGAUCUCCCUGCACAUCUCUCUGUCUUUUGUGCAACUGCUCGCCUGCUUUCCAGCCACUGUGUCUGGACUCCUCACUCCUCCGACUCUGUCUCUCCAACGCAGCCACAAACUACAGAGAGAUUCAACAACAUACGCCGGAGUUCUAUUCACAUACAUCUCUAUGUAGAUUCAUUUGUUUUUAUGUGCAUUUAAAUAUAUACAUAUAUAUAGAUAUAUGUAUAUAUAUGUAUAUAUAUGUAUGCAUGUCUAUUUCUAUAGAGGAGGUGGAGGGUGUAGAAGUAGAAGUACGUGUAUGAGUCUGUGAAGAGCACCGCGUCGCUUCUUUGUUGUUUCGCCGCUCCUUGAGUGUUUGAGGAUCUUCGGUUUCUGCGCGUCACCGCAUUUCAGCGUUUCCUGAAAAAAAUGGGGAUUAAAGGCCUCGGAAAGUUCGUCGGCGACUUUGCGCCCCGCGCAAUCAAGCGACAGGAGCCUGGCAGCUUCACCGGUCGUGUCAUCGCGAUCGACGCCUCCAUGUCGCUCUACCAGUUCAUGGUGGCAAUUCGAGAUGGAAAUUCCUUCGGAAAUUUCACUAACGACGCGGGAGACUGCACCUCUCACAUCGCCGGAAUGCUCAACAGAGCCAUCAGGCUGCUCGAGCAGGGCGUUCGUCCAGUCUAUGUUUUUGACGGGAAGCCUCCGGAACUGAAGUCGGGCGAGCUGGCGAAGCGCCGAGAACUUCGCGAGUCUGCGCAGGAGGCGGCGGAGAAGGCGCGAGAAGAAGGAAACGUCGAGGAGCUCCGGAAGCAGAUCGUUCGCUCCGUCCGUGUGUCUAAACAGCACAACGAGGACGUCAAGCGCCUGCUGCGCCUCAUGGGUCUGCCGGUCGUGGAGGCGCCAUGCGAAGCGGAGGCGCAAUGCGCGGAGUUGACGAAGAACAGAAAGGUCUGGGCGACAGCGACGGAGGACGCCGACGCGCUGACCUUCGGAGCUACGCGGUUAAUUCGGAACCUGACUUUCGGCGAGCGCGCGAGCGGAUCUGGCGCGUCGGCCACUGCGUCGGGCAUCCUCGUCAUCGACCUCCCGACGCUGCUGGAGGAGCUGCAGUUCUCGCAGGAGCAAUUCAUCGACUUCUGCAUCUUGUGCGGCUGCGACUACUGCGGAACGCUGAAGGGCGUCGGCGCGAAGACCGCGUACAGCCUGGUGAAGGAACAUGGAUCGAUCGAGAAGAUCCUCGAAGUAGUCGAUCCGGAGAAGGUCCCGGACGGCUUCUGCUUCCAGGAGGCGCGCGAGUUCUUCAGGCACCCGGAGGUAACUCCGGCAGACCGAGUGCAUGUCGCCUGGGGAGAAGUCGACGUCGACGGACUCAAGGCCUUCCUCGUCCAGGAAAACCAGUUCAACGAACAGAGGGUGGAGAACUACAUUACGCGCUUGAAGAAGGCGAGAGGCAAGACGGCGCAAACUCGGUUGGAGUCGUUCUUCGGAGCCACCGUCACGAAGUCUUCGUCGCUGAUGCACAAACAGCUGGCGGAGAAACAGAAGGAACUGGAAAAGAAGAAGAACCGCAGCGUCCGCGGAUUCGCCGCACUGAAGGGCAAGACGGCCGGUGCGCGUCCAGCUGGCGCGACGGCGCCGAAGCGCGCCAAGACACCCGAGGAGGAACCUGCGCAGAAGAAAGCGAAGAGGAGCGGUCCGCAAGCAGAGGGCGCAGAGGAAGCGGGCGCCGAAGCGGAGCGAGAAUCGAAGAAGGAAUGCGAGCGAGAGCGUCUCGAGAAGACAGAAACCGCGAACGCGGCGAAGGGGGAGGAGAAGGACGCGAAAGGCGAACCGACAGCAGAGAAAGCAGAGAAGGUCGAGGUCAAAGAAGAGGCGACCGAAGCGACGGCAGAUGCAGCGCAAGACAGCGGAGGACAGGAGAAGAACUCAGAAGGUGAUGAGAAGACAACAUCCACCGACAAAGGGAAGCGCAUGUCGCUUCUCUUUUCAGAAAACGCGAGCGUGCCGUCACCUCGUGGAGAAACCAACCUUUUUGCGGAGGGCGAGGGAGAGGAGAACGUCGCUCCGAGUGGAACGCGAGCUUUCUGAAGCUUGAAAAGCCUCCAAAAAGCGAAAAACCGCGUUGCGAGGCAAGCCAGCCGCAUGCGCAGAACCAGUGGAACACAAGGCUUUCCUUUUAUCACCUCUUGAAGAGACUCAACGCAACAAGUUACACCCGAUAUGCUGGAUGCAAUGAAGCAAUGUGCAAGAAGAAAGCAACGCAUAACGCCUAGAAAGAAGAAAUAACAAAGAGAUCUCUGCAUACAAGUAUAUAUAUAUAUAUAUACAUAUAAAUAUAUGUAUACUUGUGUAUGUACGUAUGCUUAUGUAUGCGUGGGUAUUCUCACGUGUGUUCGUACAUACAUAUAUUUAUAUGUAUAUAUAUAUAUAUAUUUAUAUAUUUAAAUAUAUAUAUAUAUAUAUAUUUAUGUGCCUGCGAAUGACGCGGGGAAGGGCUUGGGUGUGGGGAGAGGGAAGGAAGUUGGAUCUGAAAAAGGUUGGAUUUUUUUUCGAUUUUUUCUUGUUUUUCUUCGGUGUCUCGACUCUUUGCACUUUCUUCUCUCUGCGUUUUUCUCGGAGACUUCGGUGUGCGCGUUUGCGGGAGUGUUUCCUCGUUUUCUUGUCAAACUGGCGCAUGCAGCAAAGAUAAACUGAGGUUCACCUCUGUUCGCUGUGGUCAAAAAAGCGCCCUCAGCCACGGAGAGUCCCAGCUCCUCCCCCCAGAAGGAGCGACGAAAAAUCUCUUGCAGAGACGCUCCCUCCCGAGACGACAGCACGGAUCGCGGUGGCUUCUGAAAACUCGUUUUCUUUCGCUGUUAACCGGAACGCGAACAUCCAUCCGUCGGUCACCACUGGAGGCACCGCCGCUCCAGCUCGGCGUUACAGGUGGAUACUCGCAAAGACAGGGAAGCCACAGAACCUCCGCAUUGUAUUCGAUAAAUGCGUACGGGUGCAUAUCCACGUCGAAAGUUAGAGCAAGACUCACACGGCCCAUCCGAUGGUUCCUUCCUGUCU